AGAUCGUAGUAAUUACGCCUCCCUUCUCACAGCUUUAUCAACUGGAAAGAUGUCUUCAGUCCGCCCCUUGUUCGUAGUCGCAGGUAUCGGCAAUGGCAGCGGGACCGGAGCUGCAACGGCCCGUCUCUUCGCCAAAUCUGGCUACAGAGUCGCUCUCAUCUCCCGAGGACCAGAGCACCUCAACAAACUCGCUACAGAGCUCAACCAAUCAGGCGGAGAGGCCGCAACCUUCCCCAUCAAAGAUUACACCCCCGCAUCCAUCCAGUCUGCAUUCGCUUCCCUCAAGUCUCACUGGCCCUCCUCACCUCUCCGCGUCGCAGUCUUUAAUGCGGGCUACGGCGUCUGGAAGCCAUUCCUUGACAUCACAGAAGACGAAGUGCGUGAGUCGAUCGACACUAAUAUAGUGGCGGCAUUUGCCUUUGCACGCGCGACCCUUCUCGAGUUUACGAAGCUUGAGUUGGAGACUGCGAGCGAGGGCGGAAUUGCUGGUGAUGCUCGCAAAAGGGGUACCCUAAUAUUCACCGGCGCGACGGCUUCUACCAGAGGCAACACCCUGACCUCUGCGUUUUCUGCGAGCAAGUUUGGUAUAAGGGCUUUGUCACAAAGCUUAGCCAAGGAGUUCGGCAAGCAGAAUAUCCAUGUUGCUCAUAGUAUCAUCGACGGCGGUAUUCUCACUGACCGCACCAAAUCUCGGCGAGACGACCCCUCUUGGGAGGCCAACCAGGAUGUCCGGCUUGAUCCCGACGCUAUCGCAAAGUCCUAUGAGUACCUCGUCAAGCAAGAUAGCUCAGCCUGGACUUGGGAGAUCGACCUGCGUCCUGCCCACGAAAAGUGGUGA